UCAAAAAUGAAAUUCCUUUCGGUCUUGGUCAGCUUGGUUCUCUUCAUCAGCCUAGUCGCUGCCCAGAAUUGCCCUGGACGUCCUAAUCGCCAGAACUGCAACGGCGGGAGGGAUGAAGGAUCGCCGACGCAAUCGCCCCGAGGACCGCCGUGCACUCCGCAGCCCAAUAAUAGCAUGUGGUACUACAACCAGAACACCAGGCAGUGCGUCAGAAUGAGCUACAGGGGCUGCUACGGCAACCUCAACCGCUACUGCACCCUGCAGAGCUGUCAGAAUGCGUGCCGUCCUCGCAGCUAA